AUGAUUAUAAAAAAUGCCGCUCGAACAUGGAAAGCAUCAAAAAUGUUUAAUUUAAAUUUUUUUAACAAUUUAUAUGAAAGUAUUGACGGUGCUUAUGAAUCUAUUGAAGAUGAAUGCCAAUUUUUACACUUCAAAAGUAACUUUUCAUUAUUGAAACAAGUUUUAACAAUGAACGAACAACAAGCAUCUAAUUAUUUAAAUAAAAAUCCUUGGUAUGUUGGAUGGAAAAAUUGCCAUCCACAGGUAUUAGACGUAAUGAAGAAAUAUUAUGACUCACCUCAUUUUUUGCCACUUGAUACAGAGAUACCACAGACAAAUUAUAUUUUUAUUGGGUAUGACCAAGGAGCAAACAUGCAUUUGGAUUACAUUCCUCGACUGAUGUGGCAAGGACAACUCGCUGGAAAAAAAAUAUGGUCAGUUGCUCCAACUCCUGAAUGUGAUAGUGUCUGCAAACGUUUUAAUUUUUCGGUAGAUACAGGAGAUAUAGUAUUGCUUGAUACUAGAGUCUGGUAUCAUGCCACACUCAUCAAAGAUAAUACUUUAAGUCUUACUAUUACAUCAGAGUAUGGUUGA